CGUCGCUGUGGAAACGAAGGCUGCCAAUCGGCGCGGCGGCUUCCGCUCCUCGGGGCAGAGGUGGGCUCCCACCAGCUUGAGGGCUGCGGACCGCGAUGCUGAAGGCCAAGAUCCUCUUCGUGGGGCCCUGCGAGAGUGGAAAAACCGUUUUGGCCAACUUCCUGACAGAAUCUUCUGACAUCACCGAAUACAACCCAACCCAAGGAGUGAGGAUCCUGGAAUUUGAGAACCCACACGUGACCAGCAAUACCAAAGGAACGGGAUGUGAAUUUGAGCUGUGGGAUUGUGGCGGUGAUCCAAAGUUCGAGUCUUGCUGGCCAGCCCUGAUGAAGGACUCGCACGGGGUGGUGAUCAUCUUCAAUGCCGACCUCCCCAGCCACCUGAAGGAAAUCGAGAUGUGGUAUUCCUGCUUCGUCCAGCAGCAGUUCCUACAGGACGCUCAGUGUCUGUUGAUCGCGCACCACAAACCAGGCUCUGGAAGUGAUAAAGGACACCUGACUUUGUCGCCCCCCUUAAGCAAGCUGAAGCUGGUGCACUCAAAUCUUGAGGAUGACCCUGAAGAGAUCAGGUUGGAGUUCAUCAAGUAUUUAAAAAGCAUAAUCAACUCAGUGUCUGAAAGCAGAGACCGGGAAGAGAUGUCAAUUAUCACCUAAGCAGCCUUCAUCUGGACUCUUCCACGUCACACAUGAGGUCACCUUGUUCCCCAGGCAGAUCUGGGGUCUUACCCAGCUACUGAUGUGACCUUCUCCCUGUGGCUGUAGAAGAGAUUUUCCUUAUCUACUCUCACGGUCGGGUCAGCCAGGAAGUUGA